AGGGACUACCAACACAGCGUCGCUUCAGUCAUGGGUUCCUAUCACACUUCGGUGUCUCCGUUGCUCACCGACUCAGACACUCUGCAGUAUUUUCACAGCCGGCGGGAGUCGGCCGAAUGGAGCUCCCCAACGUUCUGCUUCCUCCAGACGACCGAGGAGAGAUGUAUGAGGAAGAGAAAACUCUUCCAGCUCUCAUCUCUCUCUUCCUGCCAGAGUUUCCACAACAUAAAUGUCCACAGGAGGGCUGUUUUCAGGUCCUCAGUGUCAUUGCUAAAGGCUCGUUUGGGCCCAUCUUGAAGAUCAAGGUUAUCCAUCAAGAGCAGAUUUGGGCUGUUAAGGUUUUACCAAAGUCAGAGAUCUUAAAGCAUGGAGUGCUGGAGCAAUCAAAGAAAGAAGUCAUGAUUCAGAAGCAGAUCAAACAUCCAUUUAUCCUGAGUCUGCAGGACUGCUGGCAGACACAGCGCCACCUCUUCAUCAUGUUCGACUACUGCAGCGCUGGAGACUUGUACACGUACUGGUUACUGAAAGGCCGGUUUGAGGAGGACGAGGUUCGUCUCCUCGCUGCAGAGCUUGGCGGCGCGCUGGGAUUCCUACACGACUUGGGAAUCGUUCAUAGAGAUUUAAAGAUGGAGAACAUUCUGUUGAGCGAUCAAGGUCAUCUCCGUCUGUCUGACUUUGGGCUCUCGCGCCACCUGGACCGAGGAGGGCGAGCAUUUACUGUCUGUGGAACAAUUCAGUACAUGGCUCCUGAAGUUUUAAGCGGGGGUCCGUACGGCCAUGCUGCAGACUGGUGGUCUCUUGGCAUUCUGUUGUUCUCGCUGGUUGCAGGAGAGUUUCCAGUGCCUGCAGAGUCGAACCACAUCAGCAUGUUAAAGAAGGUCAGAGAUUGCCCUUAUGUUCCGCCGAAGACUCUCAGCUCUGAUCUGAUCCUACUGCUCAGUGAGCUUUUAUGCAAGAGUCCAGCGAGCCGCCUUCGUGAUCUGCAGCGUUUCAAGAUGCAGGCCUUCUUCAGAGGCGCGUCGUUCGACUCGUACCUCCUCCAGAAAUCGCCGGUCAAAUUCAUCCUGGAGCUCAGAAAUCAUCCUGAUUGGGACGCCAAAUCGAGGAGAGGUUCCCCGGCAGACUGGUUGGAUGACUUUGACUUUGAAAACAUCUGCAGCUCUCCUUCAGCUCUCGUUGAACUGCCUUCUAAUUUGCCCAGUGAGGAUGUGCGCUUGACUGCAGAGCAGGACUAGAAAAGCAUUAAACUGUGCUGCUUCUGGAUUUGAAUACAGUCAGUGCAAAUGAUGAACUUUUAUCUUUGAAAUUGUUUUACCCUUUUACCUUUUUUCUGUAAAAAUACAUUGUUCAUUUUUAUUUAAUUUUGUACCCCGGAU